AUGGAUAGUGAGGAGAGUUUUGUGGUUUUGGUGCACCACAGAGGAUCUGUUAAUAGAAAAACUCGUUCCGGAGUAAAGUUCACAGAUAAGAAUCCUCUAUGUAUUAUCGUAACUUCUACGACAAGUUAUGAUGACCUUGUUAGCGCUGUACUGAUGAAGCUCGGUCUGGAAGGUGCGAAGCGGGUGAAGAAGUUUUUCUAUCGCAUUCCAGUCACGGUGCUACAGAAUACCGUGAAGUAUGAUUGCUUCACGAUUAAUAACGAUGUGGACUUGCAAGUAAUGUUUCUUUGUCGGCGGCAGUUUCCGGAGGUGAGGACACCAGAAUUGUUGGCACGGCUGGUUGAUGUGGUAUCCAGCUCUGGCGGUUCGAACCGGAAUACGAACACUAUAGCGAAUCCAGCAGGUUCUAGUUCCCGGGCUGCUGUUGCUUUCUCCUCCGUCCCUGUGUACGAACCAGUGGUCCAACCUGUCGCCUCGCCGUCUUUUGCUGUUGACCUCAAUGGCACCGAAGGCGACGAGGUAGUGGAAAGGAAAAAUUUGCCGAAAGCUUUAGUGGGAGUUGCACCUGUUGGCGUUGGAGAAGGUUUUUUGGGUGAUGAAGAGGAGGAUGACGUCAAGCCGGAUAUGAUUGACGAUGACAGCGCUGAUGAUAUUGAAGCAAAUGGGCCUGCAUUGGCGGUAGGUGGUUCUAGCUCUGGCACACAGCAGUAUCCACCACAUUUUUCCUCGUUGGACUUGGACGCCAUGAGACAGGAGGGGGUUUUAGGGCACGCUGUUGGAUUCGGAGCUAGAGAUGCGGAAGGGACUGGUGGUCUGACAGAGUUCCAGGUUGGUCAGCAAUUCCAGGAUAAAGAUGAGGCCCUUUUAAGUGUGAAGACUUACAGCAUCCGGCGAGGGGUACAGUACAAGGUGGUGGAGUCCGAUCACCGCCGGUAUGUGGGGAAGUGUUCCGAGUUUGGGAAUGGGUGCACAUGGUUGAUUCGACUGAGUCUCCGGAAGCGCAAGGGCAUUUGGGAGGUCAAACGGUACAAUGGACCUCACACUUGCCUGGCCACAUCCAUCUCGAGUGACCACAGGAGUUUGGAUUAUCAUGUCAUUUUGGCGUUCAUUAUGCCAAUGGUUAGGGCUGAUGCAUCCGUGAGCAUAAAGGUGCUCCUGAACGCCACGGCAGCGCAGUUUGGUUUUAGGCCGACUUACCGGAGGGUUUGGAUGGCGAAGCAGAAAUCUAUUGCCCUCAUAUACGGUGACUGGGAUGAGUCCUACAACGAUUUGCCUAGGUGGGUGUUGGGUGUGCAGAUGACGAUGCCUGGUAGUGUUGUCGUCCUUAAGACGACCCCGGUUCGAGUUGGAGGACAAGUGGACGAGUCUCAAGCACUUUUCUGGACUUUCCCGCCGUGCAUCGAGGCAUUCCGUCAUUGUAAGCCGCUAGUCAGCAUUGACGGCACACAUCUUUAUGGGAAGUAUGGGGGAACGUUGCUCAUCGCGAUUGCACAGGAUGGGAACUCCAACAUUCUACCUGUCGCAUUCGCACUAGUAGAGGGUGAGAAUGCAGAGUCCUGGAGUUUCUUUCUCUUGCACCUUCGACAGCACGUGACCCCGCAGCCCGGUCUGCUGGUUAUAUCGGACAGGCACAACGGCAUCAAGGCUGCGCUUGAGGCCCCUGACGGCGGUUGGUUACCGCCAUCUGCGUACCGUGCAUUCUGCAUACGACACGUAGCGGCAAAUUUUGCCCUUACCUUCAAGGGCAAAGACGCUAGGAGGCUCCUAGUGAACGCGGCGUAUGCGAAGACCGAGGUUGAAUUUGAUUACUGGUUUGAUAUUCUGUGA